AUGAGCGUCCAGCCUCCCCCGCAGAAUAGCUCCACCUCUCUGGACGCUCACUUCGAACCCUACACAGACUCAGUCAACCCCGAAGAAGACACAAACAAAGUCAAUGUGCACGUCCAGCCUGUUCGCGAAGUGGGGCGCCCAGCCCGUCCAUGGCGUCGAGUAUUGACCGGCUCAGCUUGGACAUCAGUUUCGAGCGAAGAUCCCCAGCUUGCAGAACAGCCAACACUCAAGCAGCGAUCUUGUUGCUCGAAAUUUCUGCGCGGGCUAGUGCGCACCCUAGUCGGAAUCCUCAUCAUGCUAGGCAUAAUCCAAUUCAUCUCAAUAGCCUGCGGCAUCGUCCUCUCCUUCUUCCCAGACGAAUAUGACCGCGCAGUGAACAACUGGCUACCAAGCACAAACAACGACCCAAUCCAAAUCCAAGACACAAGCACAACCCCAAUUCCCCUCCCAACCCGCUGGCCAACCGAUAUCUCCCGCGACAUAACCCCAGUAGCAUGCCACUCGCACAACGACUACUGGCGCCGCGUACCCCUCUACUCAGCCCUGCAAGCAGGCUGCAUCGGCGUCGAAGCAGACGUCUGGCUCUUCGACGAAGAGCUCUACGUCGGACACACGACGUCAAGCCUCACCCGCGAACGCACUCUCCAGUCGAUGUAUGUCAACCCACUCAUUUCAAUUCUCGAGCGCCAGAAUCCUAUCACGGAGUUCCACCCGUCACUCGACACUCCAGCCCACGGCGUCUUCGACACGGACCCUGAUCAAUCGCUUAUCUUCUUGAUUGAUUUCAAGACUGCCGGGCCGGCUACUUAUCAUGCCGUCGUGGAACAGCUUGCUCCCCUGCGUGAGCGUGGGUAUCUGACGCACUUCAAUGGCGAGGAAAUCAUUCAAGGUCCCAUUACUGUUGUCGGAACGGGGAAUGCGCCGUUCAAUCUUAUCAAUGCAGGUUCCUCGUAUAGAGAUAUCUUCUUCGAUGCGCCGCUCGACAAGCUUGUAGAUAUCCCCGAGGACGACUCAACACCAGAUUCGGAUUCAGAAAUGGAAACCGAUUCCGAGUCUGAGUCCGAAGCAACCCUAAUCAAAAGAUCCAACGACCACGGUCAAGGCCAAAGCGGCAUGCCGAACAAAAUAACAGCAAAUACAUUCAACGCCACGAAUAGCUUCUACGCCUCCGUCUCUUUCCGUGCUUCAAUCGGCUUCCCCUGGCCAUUCCACUUCACCCAGAAGCAAAUGGAGCUGAUCCGGACUCAGGUUAGGAUUGCGCAUAAGCACGGGCUGAAGGUUCGGUAUUGGGCGUUGCCAAGUUGGCCGCGCAGUUUGAGAAAUCAUAUUUGGAGGGUUCUUGCGCUUGAGGGGGUGGAUGUUCUUAAUGUUGAUGAUCUUGUUGGUGCUACGAAGGGGGAGUGGAAUACGCGCGUUUUUGAUUGGUGGCCCUGA